AUGAGCAAAGAACUGUUACACCGAGCUUCGAAAAAUCAACCCCGAAAGAAGAAUCAUCCUCCACCAAGACAAUGCAAGCUCGCACACAGCCCAAAAAACAAGGCAGUAUUUAACGGAAGAAAACGUGGAAUUAUUGGACCAUCCUCCAUAUAGUCUCAAUCUAAGUUCUAACGAUUUCUUUACUUUGAAAUUAAAAACAGACUGCGUGGUCAAAGGUUUUAGUCACCAGAAGAAGCAGUUGACGCAUUCAAAAAUGCCGUUUUGGAUCUGCCAGCAAACGAGUGGAAUAAGUGCUUCGAAAAUUGGUUCGAGCGCAUGCAGA